AUGCACUCCCGCCCCGUCUUCCUCCGCGCCCUCAGACUACGACAAGCCCCCCUCCAGCCUCGCCUCCUCCCCAUCCGCCCCCAGUCCCUCCGCCCCAUCUCCUCCACCGCCCGCCUCCUCGACGACAAAAAGUCUGAAAAGAAGCGCCAACAACCUGAAGACAAUGGUCCUCCCCGGUCUCCCUGGGCUGUAUUUACCCAGGUGCUGAAGGAGGAGAUUGACAAGAAUAAGGGAUGGCAGGACAAUGUGAAGCAGCUGCAGGGUGAUGUGGACAAGAUGGCCGACUCGGCGGCGAUGAAGAAGAUGCGAGAGAGCUACGAAAAGGCCAGGCUCGCCAACUUGAUCAAAAACAACCCCCGAAUCCAAUCAGCCGUUACCGACCUGCAAAAAGCCGGUAUCUCUGUGCACGACGCCGUCCAACACGCCCUCCGUGACUCUGAAGUGCUCAGGGCCAUCUCGGCCGCUUCCAACCGCUUCGUCUCUGCCACCUACGACGCCACCGCCCCCAUCCGCGACACCAAGGCCUACAAGCUCAUGGCCGAGUCGAUCGAGGAGGCUUUCGACGAUGAGACGGGUGUGGGAAGCAGGUACGGCGGGUACCAGGAGAAGGAGGCCAGGAGGAAGAAGAGGGAGAUGAGGGCGAAGAAGGCUGGGAGGACGGCUGUGAAGCGGGUGGAGGAGAACCCGGAGGCGGGCGAGGCUUUGGUGCUUUCAGACAAGCCCGAGACACCGUCUCGACUUGCAUUCAUCAAAGAAUCUGCCACGUACCAGCGAUGGGCUGAGACCUACUACGAGUCUGAAUCACCCUUCAUCUCUGCCAUCCGAACUGUCGGUACCAAGGUGGGCUCGCUCUUUGAGGAGAACGAGACCGCCCAGGUCAUUCGAACGCUCAAGGCUAUGGACCCGAACUUCAACAUGGACCGAUGGACCGGAGAGCUCAGAGAGUAUAUUGUGCCGGAAGUGGUUGACGCUUACCUGUCGGCGGACAGGGAGAGCUUAAAACAGUGGUGUGGCGAGGCUACUUUCAACGUCCUCUGGGCAACCAUGGGCCAGUACAUCAAGCAAGGCCUCGUCUCGGACAGCAAAAUCCUCGACAUCAAGCACGUCGACAUUGCCAACGGCAAGAUGCUCGAGAACGACAUUCCCGUAUUCGUCAUCACCUUCGCCACCCAAGAACAACUCCUCUUCCGUUCAGCCCGUACAGGUCAGGUCGUGGUCGGGUCAGAGGACGAUGUGGAACAGUGCAGGUAUGCGAUGGUGGUGACGAGGUUGGAGACGGAGUUGGAGAAUGAGUUGACGGGAGGGUGGAAGGUUGUGGAGAUGGCUAGGAGAGGUGCUAAGGGAGGGUUGUAG